AGUAUUUUUCAGUAAAUAAAUAGAGAUGGAGGAAACUGUGGAAUGAUGGGAGUUUGGACGCUAAUAUUUCCCACAAUUAUCUGUGUGAUGCCGCCGUAGAUCCGUUUUUCUAGUGUUUUUGGGCCGUCUUCUACUUUGGGUCCCAACUGUAAUACUGUAUCAUAAAGGAGGAGGCUUGGAUGGAUGGAGAAUAAGCGUCUCAAGCGGCCGGAGGCUCGACUGAUGCGGGUUAUGAGUCAGAAUCAAGUCUUUUCUAUUACGAAAGCUAGCGGCAGUGGGAGGUUUCCGUAGACUUGGGAGUUGGAAGCAGGUGGGCUAGCGAUGGGAAACGACACCGCAAUGCUCCAAAUGAUGAUCUCCAGCCGCGAUGGAGGAUAGCCCCGCAGCAGCACCCUCAGAGAGAACCUCUUUAUAAAACAGCAGCUCUCCGACACUUUGAGGCCGGUUUACGGCAGCUUAUUUAUUACAAUAUUUGGAGUCAAUUACUGUGCAGAAAUGUCCUUCACAAUGGAGGAGAGUUUGGAGUCCGGGUGGGUUGCCGUUCGGCCGAAUGCGUUUGAGGAAAAGGAAAAGCAUAAAUUUGUUUUUAUCGUCGCCUGGAAUGAAGUUGAAGGGAAAUUUGCCAUAACGUGUCAUAACAGGACCGUCCAGAGGAGAAGCCUGGGAAGGGACCCUCUGUCUGCGGUGACGAGCCUGGAUGAAGACAAAACAAAAUGGCCCGAAAGUCCCACCCGGGAUAAAGUGUCUCGAAGUCCGAGCAAAGGAGCCGACGAGGCUGCUGGUAAACGAUGUAGCGCUAAAGCAGAGUUUAUGCUAACGCGCCCCGCCAAAACCCAGACAGCCGUUAGCACCUGCGCGGAGGAGCAUCUCUUUGCCUCCAUGGACUCCUUGGACCUGGAGGAGGCGAGCCGAGAGGACUGCAGCUGGGCCGGGCUGUUCUCCUUCCAGGACCUCCGUUCCGUCCACCAGCAGCUGUGCUCGGUCAACUCGGUUCUGGAGCCGUGUCUGCCGGACUUCCCGGAGGAACCUGCGGGGAUGUGGACGGUCCUGUUCGGCCCCGCGGAGGUGUCACGGACAGAGAUGGACGAGCUGUGCCUCCGCUUGCAGGUGUACCUGGGGCACGCGCUCGACACCUGCGGGUGGAAGAUCCUGUCGCAGGUGCUUUUCACGGAAAACGACGACCCAGACGAGUACUACGAGAGUCUGAGCGAGCUGAGGCAGUCCGGGUACGAGGACGCUUUAAACCGAGCGAGAAAACAUCUGCAGGAGCUGCUGGACAAGCACAAAAGCACAGAGAGCAUGGUGGAGCUGCUGGAGUUAUAUGAGCAGGAAGACCGGGCCUACGGAGGCCUGCUGGAGGCCUCCACACAGCUGCACCAGUACCUGCUGCAGCCGUUCAGAGACAUGAGGGAGCUCGCCAUGCUACGGAGACAGCACAUCAAGAUUUCUUUGGAAAAUGACUACUUGGGUCCGAGACGUAUUGCAGCUUUACAAAAGGAGGACUCUGACUGGCAGAAGAAGGCUCAGGAGGCAGUCCUGAACAUCCAGGAGUUCACCGUAAAAUACUUUGAGAUCACUGCCAGAGCCCAGAAAGGAGUUUAUGAGCGUAUGAAACUGGACCAGAGAAAGUUUGGGAAAUCUUCAUGGACAGCAGCGGUGGGGCGCAUGGAGAGACUGCGCUACUCUGUUGCCAAGGAAACGCUGCAGCUCCAGAGAGCCAGGGAGAUCAGUUUGGAGCAGCGGAAGCACGCACUCCGAGAGGAGAUGCAAGGUCUGUGCAGCAGUGACGACGCGAUGACCCUCUUAGACCACCUGGAGACGCAGUACUAUGAACUCCAGCUCCAGCUGUAUGAAAUACAGGCGGAGAUACUACAGUGUGAGGAGCUGCUGCUAUCCGCCCAGCUGGACAGCAUCCACAGACAAAUGACAGAGCGUCAGAAUGAGGUGGUUUACUAUGACACGUUUGAAAGCGCAGAUGAUAUCACAGAAGUUGAUACUGAUGAGAGAGAAGAGCUCCGCCGCCUUCGGGUCAGCGCUCGACAGCUUGAGGCGAGGCGAGGCCGCAUCACUGCCAAGCGCUCCUAUCUGAGGAACAAACGGGAGAUUUGUGUUUCCAAUCACAAUGAGAAGCAGCAGAGACGCCAAACUAUCCACAAAGACCUCGUCUGCUUACAGCUGAAAAUGGAAACGGAUGAAGAUGAGGAAAUGAAGAACAGCAGAGUAAGUCAGGAGAGGCAGAAAACUCUGGACAGACUGCGUUCUUUCAAACAGCGAUACCCAGGUCAGGUUAUUCUAAAGUCCUCUCGGCUCAGUGCUGCCCUCACCAGAAGAAAGCAGCGAGGCCGAAGCGCUGAGGCCACAGCCGUGGAUGAGAGCGAGGAGUGUGUGGGCUCUGUGAGCGUGCAGACGGUAGGCCAGCCCCUGUGUCUCAGCACAAGCGUGCAGACGGACCCCAGCGCCACGCUCACCACUCAGCCCGUCGCAACGCUCACAGCAUCGGUACCUCCGCUGCCGGUGCCGAGCCCGGCAGACUCUUCUUGCUCCCCUUGCUCCCUUUCCUCGCUGUUAGGCUCCCCUGUUUCUCCGCCUCCUCCACCUCCUCCCCCACCUCCACCUCCAGCUAAAGAGCAAUCAUUGGCUUCUGAAAGCCCGAGGCUAAAGAGUGCAGAACUCCUGCUCACGCCACUCGGUCCAUUCGUGCCUCGCUUUUUUGACAGCAGCCAACUGGUGAGCGCGCGGAAGAAGCUGAGGAAAGUUCCAGAGUUUGAAGCUCACAGCAGGAGAGUGAGUUCCCCCAUGGAUGAGGUGCUGGCCUCCCUGAAGAGAGGCAGUUUUCACCUGAGGAAGGUUGACCAACGCCCCCCGCCUCCUUCCAAGAGCGACGACGAUCCCAACAGCAUCCUGGUUCAGAUUCGCAGAGGGGUGAAGCUGAAACGCGUUCCCUGUAAAGACAGAAAAGACCAGAAAGAGCUCUCUGCAUCCACCGACCCCCUGACCAGGAGCAUCCACGAGGCGCUGCGCCGCAUCAAGGAGGCCUCCCCAGAGUCGGACUCGGACGACGACGGAGUGGCAGGCCUUGACUGGGAAAGCUAAGGUUCAUCAGACACUGUAAAAUGCUGCGCUCCACUGUAAACACUAUAACUCACUCAUUCAAGCUCACCCAGCGCAGGCUCUGAGGGUUAUGGCAAAGCCAGGGUCAUCACAGGUCAUCAACCCGAUUGGUGUUUGUUUUUAUUCCUGCUGUGUGUCACUUCCUGUCUUUGGAUUUUACUGAUGCCAAGUUAGUUUUUCAUUUUUUUAUCAAGUCUACUGUGAAGCUCUGCACUCAACUUUGUUCACUUAUGCACUGUACUGACACUUAAUGAAGCUGAAGCUGGUUGAGGAAAGUCAUGAGAGGAGUACAAUCAUUCAGCAUUUACAUCAUCAGCAUAACUUCCAUACUUGUGGCUCAAAAACAGUAAAGAGUUACUAAACUUGAUUAUUUCCUCAUGUUUCCUGCGUUAAACUGAAGGAACCACAGCUUUUAUAAUCAAACUAAUCACGACAAAAAAACGUCUGUGACAAUAUCUCCUCCUCUUCCUUUACCAGCUGCCAGAUCUCAACCCCUCUCAGGUAUAAGGAGUCGUUUAUCUGUGUCUUCAUUUGCUUCAUCUUGAAUCUUAAGGUUAUUGUUUUUUUAAUUAGAAAAUGCAUCUUUAAAGACCCUCUCCAAUCAGCUCUUGAUCUAUUGUAAAAGCUUUCCCAGUGGUAUUUUAAUUAAAAAAAAAACUGCAGUCUUCAAGGACAUCAUUUCUGAAGAGUAGCAGGAGUUCAUUAUAAAUUCACGUUUUUAGUUGUGGGUGGGACCAUCGGCAAAAAGCAACCCCACCCCCCUUCCCCUCAGAAAUCCGAUUUCAAGCUUAAUUUUCCUCCAUCAUUAAAAAAAUGCUACAAGAACAUGAUAAAAACACAUUUUUUAAGGAAAGCUGCAUAGACAUUUUUUUAUCUUUUUUUCUGACAGAGCUGUUAUUACACUUUUUUCCAAUGAUGGAUGCUUGGUGGGAGGCUUGAUUCCCUCAGUGCCGAGGAGGGUAACCGCGGGCUCCACAGCCGGCAGUCGUGAUUGAUGCACUUCCUCAUGCCGUCUCCUUCACUCGGUUUCUUCAUCUGUAUUGCAGAUUUCUCAUUACUUUCCCUGCAAUCAGCGAGCAGCAGAACGAGGAGGAGGAGGAGGAGGAGGAAGACGUUACACUUGAACUCUCCACAAAUGUUUGGCAAAGCCAAUUCUAGCCCUUUUGUGAUAAACAUUCUCUCAGCUAGUUUUUGUGUAAAAUCAAUUUUGCAGCUUCACCCAUAGAUAAAAUGUAGAUAUAUGAUAGAGAGGAUUGACCAAAGAAGUUUUUUAAAGAAUUACAGGAGGCUGAGCACUACAUAAUUCAAGCAAAAGUAAGAAGGGUAUUUUUUCAGGGUUUAAAAGCUUCAUUGUCAUCCAGCUACUUUUAGUGCUUCUUUGGUUUGUUGGGAACAUUUUUAUAAAGUCAUGAUUUUGAUGAGAGGAUCCAGUGAUCAAAGAGAGUCUAUCUAACCAAAGGGGAUCACAUUACAAACAAUUCAGGAGGAUGCAACAGAACAUGGCAACCCGUCACCUUACAAGAAAGCCUGGUUUAGAAUUCAAAUUGAAGUAAUGAAACAAAGAACGAACCUGGGGCACUGAUGCACAUGUGAUUUGUAGAGUAGCAUUCUUUUGCACCUUUUUUCUUUUAGCAGGAGACAAAGAUGAGCCUCAUUGAGGCCUAACUGUCAGGAAAGACCUCUGAAGGAGACAUCUUCCGACUAACCUGAACACUUACCUUUAAUGCAGCUCGUCAUUAUCGGUUUAUUUUUCUCCAAAGGGUUUCCUGCUAUGACUUGAUGUACACAGAAGCAAACUACGACUCUCUUCAACACAAUGUGCAAUACGAAAAUUAAGAAAAAUGUUAGCCUGGAAUAAAGGACCUGCUUUUUAUUACACUAUAACACGUUAAGAAAUUGUUUGUAAUGUACUUUUGUUUGUUUGUUUUUUUGCUUUUUCUUCCCUCCUGUUUUCAUUCUUUGAAAGGUUUUUCAUGUACCUCACCCUUGCAUUUGAAUAAAUCCUAAACAGCA